AUGCCUGAUAUGGACACCACCACAGCCAAUACCACCUUCACAGCUGGGAAUGGCACCCUGUGCAGCAGGGACUACAAGAUAACCCAGGUUCUCUUCCCGUUGCUCUACACCGUCCUGUUUUUUACUGGACUCAUCACAAACAGCUUGGCAAUGAGAAUUUUCUUUCAAAUCCGAAGUAAAUCCAACUUCAUUAUUUUUCUUAAGAACACAGUCAUUUCUGAUCUUCUCAUGAUUCUAACUUUUCCUUUCAAAAUUCUUAGUGAUGCCAAACUGGGAGCCGGGCCUCUGAGAACCUUGGUGUGCCAAGUCACCUCAGUCACGUUUUAUUUUACAAUGUAUAUCAGUAUAUCCUUCCUUGGAUUGAUAACCAUUGACCGCUACCUGAAGACAACCAGGCCAUUUAAAACUUCCAGCCCCAGCAACCUUUUGGGUGCAAAGAUUCUUUCUGUUGUCAUCUGGGCCUUCAUGUUCUUACUCUCACUGCCUAACAUGAUUCUCACCAACAGGAGGCCAAAAGAACAGAACAUAAAGAAAUGUUCUUUCUUAAAGUCAGAGUUUGGUCUGGUCUGGCAUGAGAUAGUCAAUUACAUCUGUCAAGUCAUUUUCUGGAUUAAUUUUUUAAUUGUCAUUGUUUGUUACAGUCUCAUUACAAAAGAACUCUAUAGGUCCUACAUAAGAACAAGAGGUGUAGGCAAAGUCCCCAAGAAAAAGGUGAAUGUCAAAGUUUUUAUCAUCAUUGCUGUGUUCUUCAUUUGUUUUGUUCCCUUCCAUUUUGCACGGAUUCCCUACACCCUGAGCCAAACCCGGAGUGUCUUUGACUGUGCUGCUGAAAAUACUCUGUUCUAUGUGAAGGAGAGCACCUUGUGGCUAACGUCUUUGAAUGCCUGCCUCGACCCGUUCAUUUAUUUUUUCCUUUGCAAGUCUUUCAGGAAUUCCUUGACAAGAAUGCUGAGGUGCUCCAAUGCUAUGUCACCCUCUGGAGAAAACAAGAAGAAAGGACAGGAAGGUGGUGACCCAAGUGAGGAGACCCCAAUGUAA